AUGGGGGUUUGUGCCUCAUCUCAGAACUCGAGUGCUAGCAGCCUCACAAACUGGCCUUCAACAGCAAAAAUUAUCCAUACAGAUGGUAGGCUUCAAGAAUUGAGGCAUCCAGUAAAGGCCGGCCACAUUCUUGAUCAAAACCCUAAUUGCUUUCUCUGCAGUUCAGAAUCUAUGAAGAUCGAUUCGAUCAUUCCCCAAAUAUCCAGCAACAGAGAGCUCGAAUUAGGAGAAAUUUAUUUUCUAAUCCCACUCGCUAAAGCGCACCUGCCGAUCUCCCUCACGGAGCUGUGUUCUUUGGCCGCCAAAGCAAGUGUGGCCCUCGCAAACUCCAAGAAGCCAUAUUCGUCUUUGAAAGCGGCGCCGCCCUCCGUCGGGUACCGAAUCGGAGCCCCGGGGGCAUAG